CCAAGCAAGUUCCUUAGAAACGUAGGAUGGAUAUAGCUGCCAAGGAGAAAAGGAUGAACUGACAAGCCAUCAUGCGUAGAAAAACGACACACGGGCAUGAAAUUUCAACAAACCAUCCUAACAUGGAGAACACUGGCUCCUACUGUGUAAACCUAGGGUCUCGUCCCUAACACAGAAAAGAAAAAGGUUUACCUGACAGGAACAAGGGCUAAACGACCGGUGUUGGUCUCCAAUUGCAAUUUCCCCCGCAUAAUAAACCACCAAAGACCAACCAACCGAUCAUCCCACCCGAACGAUCUACCGCGGGCAAUUUAAAGCGGAAGCGAUCAGCAAUGCGCCAGAAAUAACUUUCUUUCGCAUAUGGUGUACAUACUAUUACAACACUACCGGUUCACAGCCCCGAGCGAGCGAGCCAACGAGCCAACGGAUGAUCGUUCCGGGAGAUCUCCUUUCUUGGAGGGGCCCUCGAGAGUUUUUGCAUCAACUCCCAAUUUAAACUCUCGCGCCGAUACCACCAUGGAGACAACCCCUUGGCGCUCAGUCCUUCUAGAAUGUCUCCUUGAGUCGAUGGAAGGCUUAGCUCAAUCGAGCUUUCCUGCUGGUGUGGAUCCAGAGAGGGUGACCAUUUGUUUGGGUGAAAUCGUGAAUCUCAUAGAACUGGAGAUCAUCAAAUAGUGUAUGUAUGUGGUGGAAGAUCAUGUAGUAUUAUCCAACACGUCUGUGCCCCAGUAUAUUCGCUUGCUCACGCGCAAGCCUAAGCAAACA